ACUGUUGCUAGGGCAGCGGGUCUCAGUACGAGGUGGGAGUAGGAAGUUUUGGGUAGGCCUAACUUGGAAAGGUCAAGGGUCAGUGCGGCGUUUCUGUUGGUGAUGAUGAAGCAGACGAUCCAGAUUUUCGCUAGAGUGAAGCCCCCCGAGCGGAAGCAGCAGCAAGGGAUUUAUUCUAUAGAUGAAGAUGAGAAAUCAACACCGAGCUUGGAAAUUCUUUUACCGCGAGAUCUGGCUGAUGGAUUUGUGAACAACAAGCGGGAAAGCUACAAGUUUAAAUUUCAAAGGAUUUUUGACCAAGAUGCAAAGCAAGAGAUCAUUUUUGAAAUCAUUGCCAAACCAGUCGCCCAGAGUGUCUUGGCAGGUUACAAUGGUACCAUCUUCGCAUAUGGGCAGACAGGCAGUGGCAAGACCUUCACCAUCACAGGCGGGGCUGAGCGCUACAGCGACAGAGGCAUCAUCCCAAGGACUCUCUCAUAUGUUUUUGAGCAGUUGCAAAAGGACAGCAGCAAGAUCUACACAACACACAUUUCUUACUUGGAAAUCUACAAUGAAUGUGGCUACGACCUGUUGGAUCCGAGACACGAGGCCUCCAAACUGGAAGAUCUGCCGAAAGUGACAAUAUUGGAGGACCCUGAUCAGCACAUUCACCUGAAAAACCUGUCCCUUCAUCAGGCAACAACCGAGGAGGAAGCUUUGAACUUGCUCUUCUUGGGGGAUACCAACAGAAUGAUUGCAGAGACUCCUAUGAACCAAGCCUCAACCCGAUCACACUGUAUUUUCACUGUUCACUUGACCAGCAAGGAGCCGGGAUCUGCCACUCUCCGACGUGCGAAGCUCCAUUUGGUUGACCUGGCAGGGUCAGAGCGUGUUGCAAAGACUGGAGUGGGGGGCCUCCUCCUGACAGAGGCCAAGUACAUUAACUUGUCGCUUCACUACCUGGAGCAGGUCAUCAUCGCCCUUUCUGAAAAGCGCCGCACACACAUCCCUUAUAGGAACUCCGUGAUGACCAGCGUGCUCAGAGACAGCCUGGGAGGGAACUGCGUGACCACUAUGAUUGCCACUCUCUCACUAGAGAAGAGGAACAUUGAUGAGUCCAUCUCUACCUGCAGAUUUGCUCAGCGAGUGGCCCUCAUCAAAAAUGAAGCUGUCCUCAAUGAAGAAAUCGACCCCAAACUGAUGAUUGUCCGCUUGCAGAAGGAGAUUGCCGAUCUGAAGGCAGAACUGGCCAUGGCCACUGGGGAGUGGAGGACCGAGGCACUCACGGAAGAAGAGCUCCACCAGCUGGAAAAACUGAUAGCAUCCUUUUUGGAAGACCAAGAUCCAGAGAGUAGACUGGAAGUUGGCGCCGAUAUGCGUAAAAUUCAUCACUGUUUUCAUCAUUUUAAGAAGCUGUUGAAUGACAAGAACAGCAUGAAGAACACAGUCUCCUCCGAAACCACACACCAGGCAUGUCAAGAGCCAUUGAAGGAUGAAGAACAUACAAAGCUCCGAGACCUGCUCAAGCAGAGGGACAAUGAAAUCAAUAUCCUGGUCAACAUGUUAAAAAAGGAAAAGAAGAAAACUCAGGAUGCUCUCCUCUUACUGAACACGGAGAAGAGUGACGCUAGGCUGCCCCAGAACUCAGCCUUCAUUCCCGGAAGCCCAGCAGGUCAGAGCACCUCAGUCUCCUCAGCCCUGAGCCCAGCCCAGGACCUCAGCAUCUGCAGGCACAGAUCCAGUUUGCUCCACAGAAAAACAGGAAUGAUAAAGGAGAUGUCACUGGGACGCCAGGAGGCUUUUGAAAUUUUCAAGAGGGACCACGCGGACAGUGUCACCAUCGAUGACAACAGACAGAUUCUGAAGCAGAGAUUUUCUGAAGCAAAGGCUCUGGGAGAAAGUAUAAAUCAAACAAGAAGUAAAAUUGGUCAGCUGAAGGAUGCCCUCACCCAGCGGCACCGGCAGCAAGUAGCUCUUGGAAUCUCAGAGAACAUGGUCACACCCUCCACACCUGAUCUCCAGGAAGAGAAACUGCGAUCACAGCUGGAAGAGGAAAAGACCAGGUACAAAACAACAUUCAUGCGCCUGAAAGCCUUGAAGGUGGAGAUUGAGCACCUGCAGCUGCUUAUGGACAAAGCCAAGGUGAAGCUGCAGAAAGAGUUCGAAGUCUGGUGGGCUGAGGAAGCCACCAAUCUGCAGGUAAACUCCCCAGCCACGAAUCCCCAGGAGCUCCUGAAGCCGGUUCCCCAGCAGGACCAGCCGCAGCUUCUCCUCAAGAAAAGUUCUCAAGGCCGGGAAGCUAAAGAUGGAGUCAGCAGUCUGGAUAUCUGCUGCGACAGGGAUGCCAGAAGAAUCCUCCCCUCCCCUUGCCCCAGUCAGCACAGCCAAGAGCCCAGUAGCUCCAGGACCCAGCUACAAGACAGUAACUGCGAAAGGCCGAUGUCAUCCAUCCCUCUCACUGGAGACAGCCAGACAGAUUCUGACAUCCUGGCAUUCAUCAAGGCCAGGCAGAACAUUCUGCAGAAGAAAUGUAAGAACAUCCCCUGGAAACCCGCCAAGGCCCGGCUAUCCCUGCUCUUCUCUCCCACACUGGGAGGGAGCCGGAAGCUGCAAAGGAAGGAGGGAGCCGCAGCAGUAGUCUGGGUCGCCUCAUGUGAGCUGAGCCCUGCUUCUCCAAGUCCGGGGCAGAUGUGUGGGCCGCUGGCUUGGGGGCUCCUGCUGCUCCUGGCCAGACUCUGUCUCCCUUUUCCAGACCUUGGUUGUUCUCUGUCCCCUGAAGACAUCUCUCGCUCUCUGACCAGUGUUCUCUAAACAGGAAGGAGUUGAGGGUGGUUUGGUAUUCACUGAAACCCUGGCUAGAAUCUUCACUCUCCUUGAAGCAUAGUUCUUGCCAAGGAGCUAUUAAUGUAAACACCACUUGAAGGCCCAGGAGUGGGGACACUGUGUCAGCCAUGAAGGAAAUACCUGUCCCAUAGCAGGAAGAGCAGAAGGCCUGACUUUCCUCACUGGCCUGCUCACUUGGCAGCUAGCCAUGCUGUGGACAAGCCUUUUCCAGUCCCAGACAGUCACAGGAACAAGGCCAGACCCCUACCCUACACUUGCACUUUGUCCUUGCCUCGUCCCAAUAGUUCAGACUUGGCAGUGCCUUGGCUUAUCAAAGGCUGCCCCCUGAUGACAUGCCUGUCUGCCUGUGCUCCAUUGCUCGAAUGAACUAUGGAGCCUGGGAGGCUUAGUAAAGAAGAGUGAUUCAUUUAACCCAAUUCUGGGGUUUCAGGGACACACGAAGUAGUUGCAGCAGCUCUCCUCUGCUCAGAACCCCAUGGCGGAUGGGAGUAAGAGGGAGGGGUCACAAGGUGAGACAGAAUUCCAGAGAGGAAUUCAGGGCUCACGCUUCUGCAGUGACCUGAGGACCACCCAGUAGACCCCACCUCCUAAAGGUCCCACCUGCUAGCCUUGUCACAAACACAAACCACACACAGCAUAAACGGAGGAAGGGGUCAUGUGGCUGACCCUUGCCUGGGUGGAUGCCAUGCUCGGUCUCUCCACCACCUGCCUGCAGCUUAGAAGGAAUCAGUUUGCCCGUGGGUGGGCACUGGAGCUGAAGGAAACUGUCAUCCUCACAUCAGAGACCCAGACUGUCACUGGAGGCCCACUGUGUGAGCGCCAGGACAGCAGCAUGGGCCCACCACGCGGUACAAGUGGCGAAGUGCCUUCUUAUGCUGGGCCAGGCAUGUGUGGGGAGGGCAGGAGGAAGACAGCAGAGAUAUAGGCAGCUCCCCUGGGAGGGCAGCUGUGCAGAGGAGAGAGCUGGGAACCACUGAAGAAAAGUGGUGGAGACUGAAGAUGAGGUUGUCUGUGGACAGAAAUGCUGCUAAACUGAAGCUGAAAUGCACGGUGAUGGGGGGAGGGAGGCGUGCCCUUCGCCUUUCCGUCACUAGGACCUGAACAGACAGCUCUAAGAAAAAGUGUUCUCUUUGGGCUCAUGGUGUCAAAACCGCCAGGCUAUGGUGGCAGGAAGGACAGAGAAGGGCUCACAGGAUGGAGCCAGGAAGGCUUGCUCGGUUCCCCUUUUAUCCUGUCUGGACCCCUAGCUACUGUAUGGAGCCACCUCCAUUCAGGGUGGCUCUUCCCUGCUUGUUAAUCCUCUCGGUA